AUGUAAAUAUCGAUGUCUGAAGAAUUAACGAAGCAUCACGUGACUGCAGUCAUGCGUAGCGCACAGGCACCUUCAGCCGUUGGCGAAACUUGAUCAGUGCGAGGAACGUCCUGUUGUGUUGACUGGCCCGUGUUGACUGGCCCGUGUUGACACUGAGAAAUAUCCGUGUACGUGAGCUGGUUGGGCUACUUCCGUUCAUCCUGGCUUGUUCUACCGAUCGCUGUGCAGGAUAUAUACAUGUUAAUCGGUGCGCUAUGGACUCGCUUUUAUUGCAUGUACAGACUGUGAACACAUUGAGCAGCCCAUGAUUGAUCUACAACGCUGUCACUUCCACCAACUACAUCAUGUGGUGAAUUUUGACGACGAAGACGACGAUGGAGUUGCCCUCGGCAGACUGGGAGCUGAAUAUCCUCAUGCUGAGGAUAGGCCGUGAACUGGACGACGAUGAUUUCCAGUCCAUGAAGUUCCUUUGCUCAGGUCAGAGAGGAAUCCCGCAGGGCGUGCUGGAAAGACUGUCAACCCCCCAGAAGUUCUUUACAUAUCUGAGAGAACGCCGGAUGCUGUCACGUGACAACCUGCUUCUGUUGCAAACGUUCCUAUGGCACGUGGGGCGCCUUGACCUUCACCAGCUGGCUAGUGACUACGCACGGAAGGUGGGGAGUGUCCUUCACUUCUUCUCACCUGAUGGACAGCCAGAAUCAGGAUACGAAAACGUCAAGUUCCACGUUGAGGGUGACCUUGACAACUUCCAGAGACGUGAGCUGGAGGACAUCCGAGCCAGUGUCGCCCGACUGUUGUUCAUCCCACCAGAGUUCGUGUUUGUGAGUGGCCUUGAACCUUCUAACAGCCUGCUUGUCACACUGAUGAUCCACUCGUUUUGUGCUCAAACGCUCAAGAACAUGGCGACCUCCGAUGAAGGGAGACAACUCCUUAAGCUUGGCGUCGAUACUCUGUAUUUUGGCGAAGAGGAGGUUAGGGUUAAAGACACGCCCCCUUUAACCCGGAAGUGCUCAGUACAGGAAGAAGAAAUGAUAGACAUGUACAAACGGUCACAAGAACUUGAGGCCAGGGUCACACAGAUGGAAAUAUCAAGUGUUACAGUCAGUGAAGAACAGGAAGUCAGGGAAAAUGAACUUAUGAAUAUGCGUGCUAAAGAAGUGUACUUUCGGGGACUACUUUGUGCCGCACUUGAGAACAAGACAAGGGGACAAUCUUCUACACAAGCGUCCGUAGAGCCUCACUUACCUCUUUGUCUGGAGAACGGUCAGUUUGUCAUUUAAGGUUCUUUCCAGCAAUCCCCCGUCGGGUUCCAGACUCGGGCGCACCUUUUAUCGUGAAAAUGUCGAACUGCUGACUUUUGAAAGAUGAUUUCGAAGAAAUACAACCCGCGAGUAGAGCUGCCCAUGCUUGGCAACGACCAUGACUGUCGAACACACGUUUUGAUGUCGUAAAGACAAAGGCACAUGAACGAGCCGUAUGUUCUGUGCUGCGACGUCAGAGGCCAUAUGGAUGCACUACGACGUAAAGAUUACGGUGCUUGUUAAAUGUCAUAGAUGAUGUGUGUGGAAUACACGUUUAAGUUUUGUUCUGGACUGUAUUUUAAGCAAGCAGAUGUUCCAAGACGACAAGGGGACUACAUGACAUAGUUGCCACACUUAUGUCAGUAUAUUCAGUGACCGGAUAUCGACUUCUGCGCAUGCGUUGACGCAGGUUUAUCAAAAUGCGAAUUCAAAUGCAGAAUGUGGUCGUUUCGCGAUGUAAUAGAAGUACAAUCACUACAGUGUGCUGCAACGUAAUUCAGACAAUAAACGGUGUCGUCUUGAA